CCCCCUGAUGUCAGCACUUCCUGAUCACAGACUGCAACACAAAUCCUGGCAGUGCUCUUUGCAAUCUCAUUCUUACAAAGUAGCCAGCGUAUAAGUGUGUGUGAUUACAGCUCAUUGUAUCAGAUCACUGUCCUGCAAGCAACAUGGAGCCUAUUAACCCUUCACACUACCCAGCCUCGAGAGCAGCAGCUGUUGUGCAGCACUACAUCAAUUACAAGAUGGGGACACCGCAUCGGGUUUAUGAAAGGCAACAGGUGACAAGCGCAAGCAAAGAGAUCAUUGCUGGAGUGGGGAAUACAUAUCACCUGACAUUUUCCAUAAAAGAUACUGUAAAUGAGCAACCUGAAAUCAUGUGCACUGCAGCGGUCUUGUAUUACAGUGAUGAGACCAGUCCUCCUGAUGUCAAAUUUACCUUACAAACCAAGCCAGAGAAUUACACAGCAACUAAGGACAAAGAAUUUUACACAAAAAUGAAAAACAACAAAAAGCCGCUGGUAGCUGAAAACAUUCCAGAUAUGUUUGGCAAUGUAGCACCAGAUAUGGAGCCUGUACGGAAUCUAUCUAUAGCUGCUGCUGGUUUUGUCAAGUGGAAAAAUUCAACAGAAAAGACAUUAUUUGCAAUGACGGUUAUUGACAAGGUUGAGCAAAAGAUAAGAGAUGACGCGCUGGAAUUCCUUUACAAUGUACGGAUCCAUGAAAUGGUUACUCAGGAAAUGAUUUCAUGGCAAAUGGAAGUCACUUGGAACCCAUCAGAAGGAUUAAAAAUAAAAAAUCAGAAACGACUCCCAAAAAGAAAUGAAGACAACUAAAAAGUCGACACUCCAGAGACUGGACAUGACAUAAUGAUUUUAUACUUACGGCACUCUUUUGUUGACAGUCUCCCUAAAUGCAACUUUUGGUUUGCCCAUAGUGCAAGGACAGAUAUAUUCUCUCUCCAUUCUCUGUGGGAACAAUACAAAAUUGUAAAAGAAUAAGGGGAAGAAAUAUAUAUAUAUA